UAUUUACCUAUUUGUUAUGUUCAAAGUUUAAAUGUUGAAUCAGAAUAGGUCCAAAGGAAAAAUAAUUUUACUGCAACCACGAAAUUAUUGAUAUAAAUAAAAGACACGAAAUUGUUUCUAGUGCUAGUAUUGGGUUAUUUUCUUAACUAAAAACAAGCGAUGCAAAACAUAGCAAAAAUGAUAACAGAACAGCUGCGUAAUCCAAAUGAGUUGGAUAUAUCUCUAAGAAUGGAGUUUGGUCCAUUUGAAACUGUGCAUAAGUGGAAGCGCAUGUCAGAGUGCUAUGAAUUUGUUGGAGCCAGAAGGAGUAAACACACUGCAGUAGCAUACAAGGAUGCUAUAUAUGUAUUUGGAGGUGACAAUGGAAAGUCAAUGCUUAAUGAUCUCAUAAGGUUUGAUAUAAAGGAAAAAUCAUGGACAAAAACUGGAUGCAUGGGAGCACCACCUGCUCCAAGAUAUCAUCAUUCAGCAGUGGUUCACCGUUCGUCAAUGUUCGUGUUUGGGGGAUACACCGGAGAUAUUCUUGCGAAUUCAAACCUAACAAACAAGAAUGAUUUAUUCGAAUACAAGUUUCAAAGCGCUCAAUGGGUGCAAUGGAAGUUUACUGGGCAAGAGCCGGUGCCUCGGUCAGCGCACGGUGCUGCCGUAUACGACGAUAAACUUUGGAUAUUCGCUGGAUACGACGGGAACGCGCGUCUCAACGACAUGUGGACUUGUAGCUUAGUGGGCGAGAAUCACCAAUGGGAGCGCGUGGAGCAGAAGGGAGAGUGUCCACCCACGUGCUGCAACUUCCCCGUGGCGGUGGCUCGUAACAAGAUGUUCGUCUUCAGCGGCCAGAGCGGCGCCAAGAUUACCAACGCCCUGUUCCAGUUUGACUUCGAGACUAAUACAUGGAGCCGCGUAUGUACCGAGCAUCUGUUGAGGAGUGCAGGCCCGGCCCCCGCGCGAAGGUAUGGUCACGUGAUGGUUCACCACGCAAGACAUCUCUACGUGUUUGGAGGUGCCGCUGACAGCACCUUGCCCUCCGACCUGCAUUGCUAUGACCUUGACACCCAGAUGUGGUCAGUGGUGCACCCCGCCCCGGACUCUCAGAUCCCUUCGGGAAGGCUGUUCCACGCCGCAGCCGUUGUGGGGGACGCGAUGUACAUAUUCGGUGGUACUGUUGAUAAUAACGUGCGCAGUGGAGACUUAUACAGAUUUCAGUUAUCAAACUACCCACGUUGCACACUUCACGAUGACUUUGGGCGUGUGUUGAAGUCCCAGCAGUUCUGCGACGUGACACUGCUGGUGGGCGCGGAACAGACGCCGGAGUUCGCGCACCAGGCGAUGCUCGCCGCCAGGUCGCAGUACUUGCGCGCCAAGAUCAAGGAAGCUCGCGAGGAAUUAUCUUCCAAAAUAGCUGCUGGGGAAGUCGAGGCCACCGCGGACUGUUCGUACAAGAUCCCGCCGCCACUCACUGUGACUCUACCAGAGGCCACUCCAGAGGCCUUCCAGAUGGUGCUCAAUUAUAUCUACACAGACAGAAUUGAUCCCACCGAAAAAGAUGAAGACCCAGCAUCCCCGGCCACGAUAUUACUGGUGAUGGAAGUACUUCGUCUAGCUCUCAGGCUGAACAUACCCCGGCUGAGGGGUCUUUGUGCUCGGUACCUGCGGGCUAACCUCGGCUACGAGAACGUUCUGCAAGCCCUCCAUGCCGCAGACCACGCCAACUUGCAGUCUAUCAAGGAGUACUGCUUGAGGUUCGUGGUAAAAGAUUACAACUUCACGCCAAUUGUGAUGUCGACAGAGUUUGAGCAGAUGGAGCAGAAGCUAAUGGUGGAAGUGAUAAGACGCAGGCAACAGCCGUCUUGUAAACAGCCAGCUGUCAACCAUGACUGCGAGGAGGAGAUUACUGGCACAACUCUCGAGCAAGAUAUGUGCGUUUUCGUGAGCGGCGGGGGUUCCGACCUGGCGGACGUUAAGUUGAGAGUUGGGAGCUCCAUGAGGCCCGCGCACCGUUCCAUAUUGGCAGCACGGGCCGCCUACUUCGAGGCUAUGUUCCGCUCCUUCUCUCCGCAGGACAACGUCGUCAAUAUUCAAAUCUGCGACACGAUUCCUUCAGAGGAGGCUUUCGACUCAUUGCUCCGUUACAUGUACUACGGAGACACGAAUAUGCCGACAGAGGACUCGCUGUAUCUGUUCCAAGCGCCCAUUUAUUACGGCUUCACCAACAAUCGUCUGCAAGUGUUUUGCAAACACAAUCUGCAAAGCAACGUGUCUCCAGAAAACGUGGUCGCCAUCCUGCAGGCAGCAGAUCGCAUGCGAGCCGCUGACAUCAAGGAGUACGCCCUGAAGAUGAUCGUCCAUCACUUCGAGUUGGUUGCCCGGCAAGAGGCCAUACGUAGCUUACCACAGCCUUUACUAGCGGAUAUAAUAUCGGCGCUGGUGGAGGAACCACGGCAAGACACUCCUCUUCCUCGCUCCCUCCCCAGCUCCAGUUCAGCGGACCAGCUCGCUGAUGAAGAUUAUACAAGGCAUAGAAGCGGGAAGUAAACCAAGCGCUAUUGCAUUAGGUAUACCUGAUGCAAGACUUAGCUUGUGUGUUACGGAGUGCCUACCACAUAUCUGCGUAAGGUGGGUUCAUCUCUUUAACAAAAGCAAUGAGAUGACCAGUAGGAGGCUCCUUUGCACAGGAUGCCGGCAAGAUUAUGGGUACACCACAGCGAUGCCUAUUUCUACCGUGAAGCAGUAAUGUGUUAGCAUUAUUCUGUUUCGGUCUGAAGGACGCCGUAGCUAGUGAAAUUACUGGUCAAAUGAGACUAAAAAUCUUUUGUCUCAAGUUGACGAGCGCAGUUGUGUUGCCGCUCAAAAAUUUUGGGUAUUUCAAGAAUCCUGAGCGGCACUGCAUUGUAAUGGGCAGGGCGUAUCAAUAACCAUCAGUUGAACGUCCUGAUCGUGUCGUCCCUUAUUUUCCAAAAAGAAAAAAAGAUAGUGAAGUUAGCGGGUCGCCGAUGAUAAGUGCUUUCAGACGAUUAAAAAUAAUACAAAAUACUUAAACAUUUAUAACGAAGAUACAGCGAUACAAAAAAGAAAUGUGAAUCUACUUGUAACCGAUUUUGAUUGAAAAGUCGGAAACAGUCAGCCACAUAGAAAUAGCUCCUUGAUAUUGUGAAUAUUUGACCACUAGCUUACAUACAUCAAUGUGUGCAAAAUUGAUGUAUAGAAAUUGGUCAAACAUUAACUGUCAGGUCGUCUAUACGCUAGUGUAUUCUAAGUCUAUGGUGUAAAUAGUUCUACAAUUUUGUACAGUUACACUGUGAUAAUAUUAAAACAAAACGGUUGUCUACUGUUAUACACUAUGAUAAUAAACCCUCUACGAAUUAUCACUAAAAAUAAAAUAAAAACCCCUUAGAUUAAAUGCUACAGUAAAAAGAACAUUUUAUAUGAAAUGUCAGGUCAGGUCAUCGCCUUGGCCUCGGUCCAAUGGCGUUUAGUUAGCAUCAGCUGCGCGGCGGCUCAAACGAAUAAGGCGGGCGUUUUUUAUUAUUGAUUCAAAACUUUUGUUUAAGCCGCCGCCCGCGCGCUCUUCGUAGAAUACAUGAAUGAAAUGGGUGUGUGGGCGGGUAAAAAUGAAAAUGGCCGCAUGCAGAGGUGUCCAAACAUUACUUAGCUUACACUUUACUUACGGAAAACUUAGCUGAGUGUAAGCUUAGUAUCUUUGAUUUCUUUUUUAUAGUCAUUUGACAGCUGAAAUUAUACUUAACUUAAGCUAAGACAGGUCAAUGCAAAAGGUAACUUCGCGUUGUAUUACACUGAGUCUAAAGUCUAAGAACACUAUAGAUAUCAGCCUUAGAGCGUUUCCACAUUAUCCGAUCCGAUAUCUGGAGGUCUACUCGCAAAAUCGACAACGAUACAUUCGGAACGAUACGAUAAUACUCCGAAUAUAUCGCAACUAACCUACUCUAACAAAUGUUCGAAUUCCUUAUCGUUUAUCGUUACCAUAGACUAAUAUUUUGAUUUUUUUACGAUGUUAGUGUGAAUGUAAUAUGUUCAAACCUAAACAUUAUCUGUGCUAUGUCGCUGUUAAGUGUCAAAAGUCGAAACAUAGUUUAGGCGCUAAGGACCAUGCCACUCUGCACCACCAAUUUGGUAUCAUUUACACAUAAUGUAAAUGUUAAAAAAAAUAUAUAAUGAAUAUAAUAUGACCAUUUAAAAUUGAAUAAAUAAUACAAAACUCGCGGAUAAUAAUAAUUACUUGGUAGUGAAAAAUAUUAUGCUGAAUAUGUAAUUAAUGUUUAAAUGUUUGGCGUAACGUUUAUUUAUUUAAUAUACACCAAAGGACUCAAUACAUUGAGUCCACAAUCAAAAUAAAAGCACAACUUCAACAUAAAACAAGUAAAAGUGACGUUUGAUUAUUUGUCAAAUUCGAAUAUUCAUCUCUGACAUUUUCAACUAAGAGUAGGGUUAGGACCGAUAAUAUCGAAUAAUGUUUCGUUCGUUCAAUCAUCGUUUCGACAUUGAAUACGACGUAACUAAGAGUAGGAUUCGACACGGCCCCCAGAAUCGGACGCCGAUACGAUAUGGGGGAAGUAAAAUGUAUGAAAUAUGUACCUGCCUUUCACAUUGUCCGUUCCGAUAUCGGAGCCGACACAGAUAUGCUGGCGUCACCAUCGAACGCCCGCGAGCCAUCGGGCGAUAAUGUUUGUAUGUGUGCUAUACGUGUAUCUAAAUUGUCUUGUAGCUUGCUAAAAAGAGUAUAAAAUGCUCCCUCUGAAUAUCUAGCUUCCACAAUGGGAUGUAUCCAAUACUGCCUGUGGACAGAUCUUUUUUUGCGUCUCAAAUAUAAUAGAUACAGCAAAUAAAGUUUUCUAUUAUAGUCUGCCAUGAUGACCGUCCGCACUAAGCUAUCGAGCAAAUGGCCGUAUCGGAACGAUUUUGUCGGAAAUAUGUGAAAAUAGCACAUGGUGUCGGCUAUCGUCGUCCGACACCGAUAUCGGAUCGGUCUGUCUGAAAACGCUCUUAGUCUGACCAUAAAUAUUGUUACCAAAAAUUGCUCAGUAUAUUAUUUAUUUAGACUUUAGAGCAUUGGUAAUAGUUGGUUAUAGGCCCCACCCUUAGAUUAAAGAUAAGUCUCCGCUGCGCUCCAACUAGAUACCGCAGGUGUAGUCGCAAAGUGCAGCAACUAAUACUACGCCCAAGUGGGCGUACUUGAACCAGUCUCGUACAAUGUGUGACGCUGACGUGCCACACGUAAAACUUUGUAAAUAUAAUACUAGAAGAAAUAAAGACACUGGGAUCACAUCACCACUAAGUAUUUUGUAUUUUAUUAAUUUCAAUGUAAAAUAACAUAAAGCUUAUGUUACAAAAUUUGAAAGAUGCCAUUGAGUGUCAAGAUGCCACACACACAAGCAUCUGAUAGUUGCCGUAAUAAAAAGGCUAUUGUUCUUAGGUAGUGUGGCAUCUAGUUGGAGCGCAGCGGAGACCAAUCCUUAAUAUAAGGCCCCACCAUUAUAUUCUAUAUGUCACCCCUAAAUAUCAAUACAGUACAAAUUAGGUUGUGAUGAUAAUUCUAAUCAACUCACCUUCACUGCUAGCCCUAGAAAGGUCUAUUCUUGCCCCCCUUUUUCACAAGGCCCACUAUAAAAUAGCAGAUUGUAUAGGGUACAAAUAGCUUGAGAUUAACUUUCCUUCAACAUAAUAAUAUAAAAUCAUAAUAUUACAGUUGAAGAGUAAUAUUUUUAUCUAUUUCCUGCUUUUAGCAUUUCAAUAACAAAUCUAUGGAAUGUUUUGGUUAAAUUGCAGCAGGCAUUAUUUUGUGGAAAUCCGUAACUAUCAAUUUUUUUUUGGCACAAGACUCAUUUUUAAGUCUUGUACCAGAAAUUGGCGAGUGAACAUCUCCUGAGCAUGACUCUAGUUGAGGCGAAACAAUUGUUGAAUUGAUUGAAGACAAAUAUUAGCGGAAUUUACAAUUGUGCAAUUAUUAAAUUUGGAUAUUUAAAAAUAUAUAUAUACAAGAUACUAGUCAUAUGAUUAUGUUUAAGUUAUUUAAAAUAAACUGAAUAUUGUAAUGUAUAAUUGAUACUGCAUUUUAAAUUUAGAUAUUUAUUUAUUGUAACAUAAUGUAAUUAACUAAUAAAUUAUUUAAACUUUCUA